AUGUUUCCACUGACAUUGCUCCUGGCCUGCAGGGCAUUUUCUACACCAUUGCUCAAUAAUCCCUACACCCCCGACUUUCGCGACGCGACAGACGGGAAAAUUGACUCUAUCGGAAAUGAUUUAAACCCCCUUCCCUGGCGCAAUGGCGAGGGAAACGACAUUCUGGGCCCCCAGAAUCCAUCCCGUCAGCGAGAAAACCCAGAUUUGAUCCGUCCACCCAGUACCGAUCAGGGUUCUCUCCCAAACAUGCGAUGGAGCUUUGCCGAUUCCCACAUACGGAUCAACGAAGGCGGAUGGACCCGCCAGACGACCGACAAAGAGCUUGGGACCAGUGUCGAGCUGGCAGGUGUGAACAUGCGGCUCGGAGCAGGUGUUAUCCGCGAGUUACACUGGCACAAACAAGCUGAAUGGGCAUAUGUUCUCAAUGGAGAUGUACGGGUGACAGCACUAGACCCUGAUGGGGGGAGUGCUAUUGAUGAUCUCCAUGCGGGAGAUCUGUGGUACUUCCCCGCGGGGUACCCACAUUCCCUGCAAGGGCUCGGCCCGCACGGAACCGAGUUUCUCUUGAUACUUGACGACGGGGAUUUCUCGGAUGAAUCGACCUUUCUAUUGAAUGAUUGGCUGCUGCAUACGCCAAAGGCUGUGCUGGGGGAAAAUUUCCAUGUCAACCCAGACAUAUUCAACAUCCCCCCUGAAGAUAAAUAUAUCUUUCAAGGCUCUCUACCCGGGGCGAUUGACGAAGAACGUCCAGUCAACUUUCACCCCUCCUCUCUCCAAUUCACACACCAUAUGCUCAGUCAAGAACCCCAGCGCAGUUCAGGCGGCGAGGUACGCAUCACAGAUUCGCAAAACUUUCCGAUUAGCAAGACUGUUGCGGCUGCGCAUGUACGGAUCCAACCUGGUGCCCUGCGAGAAAUGCACUGGCAUCCGGACGCAGACGAAUGGUCGUAUUUUAUCUCCGGACGGGCGCGAGUGACUGUAUUCGGCGCGGAGGGGAAUGCACGCACAUUCGACUAUAUGGCAGGUGAUGUGGGGAUUGUUCCUAAGGGAAUGGGCCAUUUCGUGGAGAAUCUCGAUAAUGAAGAGGAAGUUGAGAUGCUGGAGAUCUUCCGUGCAGAUCAGUUUCGGGACUUUUCACUCUUGCAGUGGAUGGGGGAGACGCCACGUCGAAUGGUGGUGGAGCAUUUAUUUGAUGAUCCAGUGGCAGCAGAGGAAUUUCUGGAUAGUAUCAAGAGUGGAGAGAAGGAUGCUAUUAGAGCAUAG